AUGGCCAGCACUGUAUUUCAAAUUUCCGCGCUUCGCGAAAUCGUUCAGCGUUCAUUACCCAAUCUGCGAACUGCUGAGGAUGUCUGUAUUGCGUACGUUGUAGGUGUGAAGGAAGCUAAGCUGUCGGACAUAAUUGGUGAAUCUCUUCAAUCACUUGAUCACUUACCCGUGUGGGUCCUGCAAAUGCUUGUCAUGGUCGUAUGUAUGGCUAUAACCAAUAUCUGCAGCAAUACUGUAACAGCCACGAUAUUUGUUCCGAUAGUUGGGACAUUGGCCGUGGGAAUGGAACACCACCCAUUCUCACUGAUGCUACCAGCCACUCUCGCUUGUUCGUUUGCUUUUGUUUUGCCUGUCGGUACACCUCCAAACGCAAUCGUGUUUGGAUCUGGCAUGAUUAAAGUGAAAGACAUGGUUACCAUUGGCACCAUAAUUUCGAUAGAAUGCCUUCUAAUCACAGUCGCCUACAUGAACAGUGCCGCACACAUCUUUAUGCCAUUGAUGGAAUUCCCAACUUGGGCGCAAUUGAACGCAACGACGAGUGCACCUUGAACUUUUUUAUUCUGAUAAUUUACUUUCUUAGAAUUUUACAAAUCUUGUUAUACGUCAAACUCGGGUCUUAUUGAUUAGCUGGUUUCUACAGCUUGCAUUUGUCAGUCAUGGUUCUCAAUACAGGUCUCACAGAUUCUUUGCACGUAGUGUGUAGAUUUGAAUAUUUUCUGCAAAAUCUCCUUUUAGUAGCUG